CCGAGUCUAUCACGAAGCUGUGUGAACACCAUGAUGCAGAAAUUUCUUUGUUCGAAGGUCCACGUUACGCUGCUUGUCUUCGCUGUGAUCCUGGUCGUGUCGAUAGAAUCGAAACCGACCUGGCCAGAUUUGUACCUGAACAAUUAUCAGUACCCCUCUGAGACCAUCGCCGUGGAACCGCAGCUUCUUCACUACAAAACACCGUCGUAUUACGUUUACAGUGUACAGACGGACAUGAACGUGAUUCCCACUGCUGUACUCGCAAAUGGGAAACCUUCCCAUGUGCCUGAUUAUAGCCUCUAUUACGGGGCCCCAGUUUACGACCUCCGAUUUCCAUUGAAUCCGGUUUAUCCUGUCUUGAAACCAGUCCAACCAGGAAAACCGCCCAAAUCAACACCGCCAUCAACGACCACUAUGAAACCAAACGAGGGGAGUGAGGACGGUAUCGAGAAAUUGGAUACAAAGGUCGAACCUGAAGAGGAAAAAAAGAAGCUGAAUUAUAACGAAGAAAAUAGCGAUAAGGACAGCAUCACUGUCGAAGCCGUUUAAAACGACUGUGUCACAGCCUCUGUGAACCGAUACAAUUUCAAUAAAAC